AUGUCACCAGUUGAAUCACCAGGAGAUGGCUUCGUCAUCCUCCCUGUCAAAAUUCCGGGAUUGCCGUCAUGCCCCGUGAACGCCCUCCACGAGAUUCGCGUCCGUCGGAACGCGCCCAAAAUUCCUACCGAGAUUGACGACAGGAGUCUUUUCCUGAAAAACGUUCCCGUCGACAGCACCGAAGCUCACUUCCGUCAAGUCUUUGCUGCGCUCGUCGGCCCCGGCCGUUUUGAGGGCAUUGCAUUCGAGGAUGAACGCAAGGCCGCCGCCGCUAUCGACCCUGCCUUUGCCAUGAAGGUUUCGAACUUCGGCAAGAAGCGCAAGCGCGGCGAACAGGAGGCCGAGGAUAGAGCGAAGGAGGAAGAGGUGGCGCGUUUGCCGGAUAUCUGGACGAGGAGGCUUCGGAAAAGCGGCAGCAGCGCCAUCGUCCUCUUGGCCGACGACAAGAGCGUCGAGCUCGUCCUGAAGGCGAUCAAAAAGGCGAAUAAGUCAAAGAAGUACCCAGUCUGGGGUGAGGGCGUCUCGGAAGACCUCCCUGAACUUGGCUCGCAGUGGAUCUCAGCUCAUCUGCAGUUGUCUCGCUGCGACAAGGCGGCGACGCAGAAGUCCGUCCACGCAUUCUUCAACGUCUUCAAUCGCAAGGAGAAGGAGGCGCAAGAGAUGGCCAAGAGGUUACGCAACGAGCCAGACGAGGACGGUUUCGUCACGGUCACGCGCGGCGGUCGUGCCGCGCCCGCGAACAAGAGCGAGGCCGAGGAGGCUCGGCAGAAGAUGGUGGACAAGGCGGCGAAGAAGAAGGCAGAGACGACGGACUUCUACCGCUUCCAGCUCCGCGAGCGUCGCAAGGCGGAGCAGGCCGAGUUGAUGAAGAGAUUCGACGAGGACCGAAAGAAGGUGGAAGCCAUGAAGGAGAAGCGCGGAAAGUUCAGACCCGAGACGUGA